UCCAAAAAGGAGGGGUAGUUGUUACUUAUAUUAGGUGUGUGAUUGAUUCUGAUGUAUCUGAGUUGAGUCAUAAAAUGGGAAUCGUUUUGGACAGCAACUGCGAAUCCAUAGUGGUGUCGUUGGAGACACAGAAGGCGGUGCCGGCGCCCUUCCUCACCAAGACCUACGAGCUGGUGGACGACGCCGCCACCGAUCACAUUGUCUCGUGGGGAGAAGACGAAACCACCUUCGUUGUCUGGCGUCCUCCUGACUUCGCCCGCGACCUUCUUCCCAACUACUUCAAACAUAAUAAUUUCUCCAGCUUCGUUCGCCAACUCAACACCUAUGGUUUCAGAAAGAUUGUACCUGAUAGAUGGGAAUUUGCAAAUGACUUCUUCAAGAAAGGGGAGAAGCAUUUGUUGUGUGAGAUUCAUAGAAGAAAAACAUCACACACUCAUCCUCAUCAUCAACAACUACCAUCAUCCAUCAACCAUAACCAAAAUCAUUUUAACAACAAUAUUCAUAUUCUUCCCUCUACUACUACAUUUUAUCAUCCUUUUCACCAACACAACAACCGAGUCAGCAUCUCCCCUGACUCGGACGAGUUACCUACUUGGUGUGACUCGGACAUUAUUAGCAACACUACUACUACUACCACUACUACUGCUUCUUCAUCAACGCUUACAGCACUCUCUCAAGACAACGAAAGAUUAAGGAGAAGCAACAACAUCUUAAUGUCCGAACUAGCACACAUGAAGAAGCUCUACAACGACAUAAUCUACUUCGUUCAGAAUCAUGUUAAGCCUGUCGCACCAAGCAACACUUACUCUUCUAGUUUCAUUCUUCCACAACACCAACCUUCUUCUUCUUCAGCUACAACAACUAAUUGCAACGCUUUCUCAAUGUUGCAUAAGCAAGUGCAACAACAACAACAACAACAACACCAUGACUAUUUGAAUUCUCCAACAAACACAUCGAGGAGUUCUAUAACAAUGAUUGAAGACCAAAGUAGUAAGAGUUGCAAGACGAAGCUAUUUGGGGUGUCUCUUCAAUCCAAUAAGAAAAGGGUGCACCCUGACUACGGAUUUAGCCACGCUUUUGCGGAAACAAAUAACAAGGCUCGUUUGGUGUUGGGAAAUGAUAAUGAUGAUUAUUUGGGAUUGAAUCUCAUGCCUCCUUCUUAGCUUUCUUUUUAAUUUUUUGUUAUAUUAUUCCUCCAUCAAAAAGAUUAUGACUGUUUAAGUCAUAUUGGAUCUGUGUGUACAUAGAACUUUAGUGUAUUAAUUAGUCCCAAAACUGGAUCAUAUGUUUAAUUUGUGUUUA